UUUUUUUUUCUUUUUAUCAUGCGCGCGUCGGUCGUCGUUAUCGUCGCGGCAGUCGCAGUGCUCAGCGUUGCUGCCGCUGCGCCGCUCCGUCUCCACCUCAACGCAAACAGCCGCCUCGCCGACUCGGAUGGCCGCGAGCGCUACUUCCACGGUCUCAACGUCGUCUUCAAGGGUCCGCCGUACAUCCCAAUCAUCGACUCGUUCGAUCCGUACUUGAGCUUCUCGCAGCAGGACGUCGAUGCGCUCACCAGCUUUGGUCUCAACGCCAUUCGCCUUGGCGUCAUGUGGCCGGGCGUCAUGCCGCAGGACGGCGUCUUUAACGAAACCUACCUCGAUCAGAUGCAGCGCAUCCUCGAUAUGGCUGCUGCCAGCAACAUGUAUGCUCUUGUUGAAGUGCACCAAGACUGCUUCUCGGAAAAGCUCUGCGGUGAGGGCGCGCCGUGGUGGGCCGUGCAGGUCGAUCCCCUGACUCCUGCCUUCCCGCUGCCGUUUGCCGAGCCGUACGCCAUCGACCCCACGACGGGCCUGCCCUCGCCUGCGGACUGCGCCAAACUGAGCUGGUCCGACUACCAGUUCUCGGCGGCGAGCGCGGAUGCCUACCAAAACCUGUACAAUGUUGGCAGCCACGCCAACUACGGCUUUAGCACCCACUGGAAUCGUGUCGUGCAGCGCUUCAAAAACCAGACCAACCUGCUUGGCUACGAACUGCUGAACGAGCCGUUUGCUGGAAACCUCUACAAGGAUCCUGAGCUGAUGGUGCCCGGCGUGGCCGAUCGUCGCAACCUGCAGCCCUUCUACGACAACCUCAACUCUGUCAUCCGCGCCCAAGACCCCGACUGCCUCAUUUGGUUUGAGUCGACCACGUGGGACGACUUUGUGCCGAUGGGCUUUGAGCACGCGCCCGGCGGCGCCGCGUUUGCCAACCGCUCGGUCGUGAGCUUCCACUACUACUACCCGCCCAACGUGUCCCCGGCAGAGCAGUUCUUCUCUCGCGCAACCGACGCACGCCACCUGGGCACGGGCAUGGCCCUCACCGAGUUUAACAUUGACCCCUCCGCUUCGACCGACGCCAGCACCAAGAUGACCACCACCAUGGAUGUGGCCGACCAAUACUUUUCCAGCUGGAUUGGCUGGGAGUACAAGCAGUACAUUCCCAUGACUGGCUACGGCAACUCGAUCUGGUUUGCGAACGGCACCUACAACUGGCCGCUGAUCAAGGUCUUGGCGCGCUCCUACCCGCACGCUGUCGCCGGAACCACCACGAGCUUCCACUUUGCUGCCGCCACGGCCGUCUUUGUUCUCGAGUACACGGUCGACACCACCUGCACGCUCCCCACCGACAUUUUCGUGGCCGAGAGCGUCCACUAUGUCAACGGCUACACUGUGGACAUUACUCCCGCAAACGUUGUCAAGAUGACGAGCUCCACCAACCACAUCUUCCUGUCGCCCGUCUCGUCUUCCAGCAACGGCAAGUUUGUGACGGUGGUCGUUCGUCCCAAGUAAAACGUCAGGCAGGCGGUGUUGGAGCAACAACAACAACAAAAGGAUGAUGUUUGUUGUUUCAUGAUGAUUUUAUGUUGAUGUUGAUAAUCAAAAAACAAAGAGAGAGAGAAAGAAAAGUGCCGCGCACCUUUCUUUUUCAUCAAAGCAAAAACUGGGUUUUUGAGUCGUUUGCUGUUGUUUUAGAUUGAUGGAGUACGG